CUUCCCGUGGCAGCUAACAAGCAUUGAUGUCAAACAUUGAUAUCUAUCACAGCCUGCAAUCCCAGCAUCCUCAAACGGUUCAUGCAUCGUUACCAGCACUGCCUCCAGAACCAUCCGAUUUGACAUCGGUCAGCCAUCCGAAUCGAAGCAGUCCGUCCAGCCCAGCGACGCAGACGAGAACAGCUUCCCUACAGACCUUGCGAACGGACGGCUUGCGCGCCCUCAGAAAACCAAGAGCCUGGCAUGUCCAAUUCUUGCGUCAUCAAUCUACAACUUUCGCCGUUCGUGGCUGCUAGAAAUGUGGCGUCGGCAGACACUGAAACGAAGCGCUGCGCCAUUACUCGAAAUCAAGAACCCUAUCACCUGGUGUCUAUCUUGGGGACCGCAACGAGGUGGUGGCCGUCAACUGGUUUGGCGAUCGACGGCCCGUGGCAGAUCAAAAAGACCUUGUUGGCUGACUUCUCGUCGCGAAGACCGAAUGCCCAGACCCUCCUGACUGUAUCCCGUCAGAUAUCGGAAAAUCAUAAAGUCUGUCUAGUCAUCAUUUCCGUCGAUCGAUACGAAUUGAUGGAACAGAUGGAGUCCGCGGUCCGCGACAACGCUGCGCCGAAGGCUCCCGGGCGCCGACUCCCGCCGGCUCAUGCAGAGAUGGGGGAUCUUCCUCCUCUUAAUCAACCACUUCUGGACUAUCGAGAGGGGGCUAUGUGAGGUACUAAAGGUAGGGGGAUACCACGGCACCUUUGCCGAACCCGCAUAGGAGCAGCGCUCGCCUAACCUCACCGGCUGGUAUUUCACUCACCGCUUCCUACACACCCUCUUCGCCCAGCUUCUGCGGCUGUAUUUUCGUUUCGUUCUCGUUUCGUCCCGUCCUGCAUCGCUUCCCCCAGAGGUUCGAGCUGUCAAGGCGGGCCGUCCCCGAACAAAGCCAAAAAGCAACCCUCUUAUCUCCUGGUUCAAGAUAGCGGGCGGCUCGAUGUGGUCGAGGCUGCCAACCAGAGGACAAGACCCCCCCGGUCUAGUCGCUGGCGCGCAUGUCAAUAGAUAAUGCACUUCGAUAUGGUCGCCGGCGUGCCUAUCUCAGAACUGAUUAGAACCACAGCUCCGGAGGCCAUGUAGUAUAUCAACCGCCCCAGGUCGCCUGGUGUGCAGCGCGGGCGACAUCGCGCGGCAACCCUUUCGCAACGCUCACUGUACGACCAAAAACGGCAAAUGGGGGCAGCUCGGCAGCACGUCACGGCCAGACAAUGUGAUGGUAUCCGCGGACGGAGGCUAGCUGGAUGACAGAAUGACAGGUUGAGAAUCAGGUGCCGUCUUUACCGAUUGGCCUAUUGGGGCAAAGUUCGUCACGGGAUUUAUGAGGUCGACGCCCCAUCCCAGUCGACCCCUUCGCUCCCGGCAACUACACAUCGCAUCAGGGCACACAGGACAUGGCACACAUCGUUCUCGAAGGACUCAUCACGAAGGAGGACACGGUAUUGAACUGAUGUACCAACAUUAGGAACAGGAGCGAACUCCGGAACAUGUAUCUCGCGUCUAUCGCCGACGGUCGUCAUUGCUCCCUCCAUGUCGAUCUUCGUCGAGACGCAGUAACUCGACAGUUUUAUCUACCGAAAUAAACCCAUGACACCUUCCGAUGAAAAGAACAGGAAAAAGAAAAAGAAAAAAGAGGCCCCGAGGUAUUACAUCCGUCGUGUUGCAGGGCACGUCAUCUGUGCGUUUCAAACCUGCCGUUUGCUUCCGUGGCCCAUAGACACCACUACAAACAACAAGUCGUGGGUGGUGUGUGCCAGAAACCUAGGCAAAUGAAGAUCCAAUGAUUGGAGGAAAAAGAAAAGAACAUGAAAAACAAAACAGUGGGAAUGGUCGGAUUGGACGACGACGGCGACCGAAGAAAGCGCCACCCGUCAGCCCACAACGCAGCCGCAAACCUUGGCCGAAGCUUCAGUUGCACCACAUCUCGACACGAGUCCCUUCGAGCCGGUUCAGGACGUCAAAUUCCAACCCUGUUUGCCGGAACGCAACGAUGAUCAUGUCGAAGCGCUGCUCGAGCGACUUGACGUUCCAGUCCUCGACAUCCAGACGGGCGAUCUGCGGCACCGCCUCCUGUUUGACGAGGGGAUCGGCCCAGCAAACAUCGACCUUCUCCGUCAGCACGAGACUCUUUGCGAGCUCGAGACCGGGCGAGUUGGCCAGGUGGGACUGGCCCUUCUUGAACCCCAUGCCGACGACGAGGACACUGGGCCGCAGCUUCUCGGCACACAGCGUCUCGACCGCGCGCUGGGCAAUGGCCGCCGGGCGGGCACGCAUCUUCUCCGUUGCGUGCUGAAGGAGAGGGAACUGGCUGUUGGACAGAAGGUAGUACGGGUUGACAGGGAUACAGUGACCGCCGACACCGAGACUGGGCGUGAACGGCAUGUAUCCGAACGGCUUGGUCGCCGCCGCACCAGACACUUCGUAUGGGUCGACGCCAUGUCCCAAACAAGCAUCGGCCAUCUCGUUUGCGAAUGCAAUGCACAUCAUGCGUUGGCAGUUCUCGUACAGCUUGGUCAUCUCGGCGACCUCGGGUCGUGACACGGGCACGACAUGGUCGAAAACCUGCGAGUAGAGGCGGACAAUGGCGUUCAGCGAACCAGGGACCAUGUCGUCCAAGCCGGACACAAUCUUUGGAAUGGCGAAGGCAGGAGGCUCGACGCGGCCAGGGUCGACGCGCUCAGGGGACAUGCCGGCGAAAAAAUGACGCUCCUUCGCCAGGGGCCCGAGAAGCUCCCUGGUCAUGCCGACCGCGACGGAGGAUUCGACGACGACGACUGAGCCGGGACGGGCGUAUGUGGCGACGUUCUUGAGGGCGGAUCUCAGGAAGGACGAGUCGAUGGUUUGGUCUGGGCGCAAGAGCGUGGGGACUGAGAUGAGGAAGUGGGUGGCCGCCGCCAUGUCGCUGGGCUUGCAGGUGAACUUGGCCUUGCUAUCCGGGCCGAAAUGCUUCUCGAGGCUCUGCACGCGCGCCUCCGAGACAUCGAAGCCGAGAACAUUGAACUUGCGAGCGAAGUUGCCCACGAGGUGCUCUCCAACGUAUCCAACGCCGAUGACGGCCACCAGCAGCUCCGCCUCGAGAUCAACAGAGCUCGCAAUGGUUGCGAGCUCCUCGUCGGACUCGCACUCCUCUGUGGGAGGGGUGAUGGGAUAGUAUCCAUCGUGGGAGAAGUCCCAAGUCUCUGACUUGGGGCCCUCGGGAGACUCGAAGGGGAAGGUACUGCGGCAUGAAGGAGACCACCCCGGAGUGUCGGGAGUGAGCAUCUGGGUGUCCAUUGCGAUGACGAAGCGAGGGUGUAAAACGAACGGUGGGAAAGUUGUCGAAAGAGAAAGAGAUUGAGAGGCGGAGACGGGCUAUGGAGAUGAAGGAGGAUAUCUCUUGAUAUCUUCCUGUCGAAGAGGAUCAACAACACUGCCAAGCGGCUGGCUCCUUGAGAAAAGACGCAAAGAGGAGAGAGAGGGGCGCACGGGAAGGAACGAAAAAAAGGCUUGCUGGAGAGAACGGAGACGGGAGUUUAAAAGACUUGCCAACUGAGGCACUGACAUGAUGUACAGGCACGAGGAGGAAGGAAGACGAGAAGGAGACAACCCACUCAUGUUGGUGCCCCCCCCUGGCGUCAGCUACUCGAGGUCGCCCAGACCCAAACAGUUGCGGCAACGUCUUCACGGCAACACCAGCGGGAAGAAAAGGUUGAGACAUGGCAUCAAGCUGGCUGGGUUUGCCGCCGGGCCUAAUCGGGAUCCACGUUUGCAGCACGGCGUGAACGCCAUGGUAUCAGUGGUGAGGUGAGGCUCCUCCCCCUCGGCCCCUAACGAGCCAGCCGACGGGGCCGUGGACAGAUCAAAGUCCAACCGGGAAGGGGAAGGGUAGGGAGGGGAAAGAGAGAGAGAGAGAGCGAGAGAGACUGAGAUGAUAGUUUCAGGUCCGGGCUAGCUCCCGCGCAGACAAGGCUUGGAGGGAUUCAAACAGGCGACCAUCAGCAGUUCAUGGCAAGCGGCCCUGAAAGUGGCUGACGGUUCCACCCCCCAAAGCGCAACCAUACUCACAGGCGUGCUUCGGCAAGACGACGCUGCACGGGAUGGAAGAAAAACAAUAGCGCGAUAUGGCAUUAGCACGACGACAAUGGCAGAAUUCUUUGCGCCGGUCGGGGGCGUUCAGACACCAGCGACAUACCGAGCCCCCCCUCCUCUCAAGAAGUAUCCCGUCACUCAUCAUCAGCAACAUUAUCCAGCCGUGAUAUCGCCAAGAUGGCAAGCCCGGAUGCAUGAAGUAGGCAAAGACACUCAUCUCCCCUGUCUGUUCAUCGCACUCUCUCGCCAAGGUCUCCUCGGAAGCCUGAUGUCAUGCAGAACGCCUUCCCCUCCCCCCGGUCAACACGCUUGUUGCUGAGGACUUUUCGAAGGAAGACAAGCCUGAGAAUCAAGGGGGGUCGCGGAGUAGAGGAUGACAGUCCUCCGAAUGCAUGGCCAGCCAUAUUUUCGACAUCGGUAAGCAGAUUGUCAGGGGACUGCUGGAUCGAGAUGAAUCGAAGAAGGCCGGAAGUUACCCUAGGGUUACCCUCAAGAGCCGUGGUUGAGAGGAGGUACUUUGCUUGGCCACCGGCCUUGGGUCCGACGAUCACCUCUGGCCCCAUCCGUCCCGUUCAUGAAAGGGACUUUCCCUCCCUGACGAGGUCUUGGGGGGAAGGCUUGGAAGUUUUCUUCGAUGGAAAGCUUGCGAGGAUAUCGGCAGGGGCCCGUCAAAGCGAGCAGAGAGGGUGGCCACCAAGAAAAGGGGGGGCGUAUGGUAGCUGGAACGAUGCCGAAGAGAAGCAUGAGAGGAGUAGAGAGAGAGAAAGAGAGCGGAGAGACAAAACCGGGAUGGGCCUUGCUUGCAGUGCAGAGCACGGAGAGCUCCUUGCGGCGUCCAGUCCGUAUUCCGUCAGGCCCGUAUGCAGCAUUUCGAGAACGACGGGAGCUAUUGUCUUGGCUGCUCGAGCUCAGUCGAAAUGGAAAUGAGACGACGUUAUGUGUCGAUGCGCAGCACAAGAAGAAACCAAAGGAAGAAAAAAAACCAAAUCCCGACGUGGAUGGGAUGAUUGGCGGGAAGAAAGACGCCAAAAUACUUAGGUGGAUGGGUAGUACCCAAGGCCUAAGGUAAGGUAAGGUAAGGUAAGUAGGUACCUGUAUGUUUUGGUCAGCUUCCCAGGGAUAUAUCUUGACUGCAUAUGCAUAUGCUAUGCAUUAUGCAACACACCCAAAUGUGGGACCCGCCCCCGCUGGAUGCAAGUCUCAGUCCAAGCGGUGGGUUGGCUGUUUUAUUGCAUUCUGCGGAGUGCUAUGUAGUAUUGCAUGGAUGCGGGGCUUGCUUCCCUUAUUCGCGUUACUGUCUCUACCUUAUUUCACACCUUCUUCCUCACCCAUUGUCUCUUCGUCUGCUCAGUCAGUAUUUCACGCCCCCCUCCCUCCUUUCAUUUUCUUUCGCGAGUCCAUCUCGACGCGCACCCCACCCCACCGGCAGCUCCAAAAAGGGGGGGGAGUGCGUGAUCAUCAAUGGCAUUCCGGUCCGUUCUCCACGAUCCCGUCAACCGUUUCCCCCCCAUCCCGAUCCAAGCUCCUGCGCCACAAACCACCCCUUGCACAGGACGGCAUACACGUGGUGGGGAGGCUACACCAAUAGCCGAUUGUUUCUCUUGGACGCCUCUUUCCGCCCUUUUCGUCCUCUCUAAAGCUCGUUCAGGAGGACGAAAGAAGGAAACAUCCACGCCAAGAUCUCGCAUUUGCCUCGUCGUCAUCUACUCGGGACCGGCGCGGCGCCACAGGGGAAAAACCUCGUGUUAUGCAUACGCGGCCUUGCUUUCAGCACAUCUUCGGCUCUCGCAAGCCACACCAGCCUCUCUCUCCCUCUCCCUCUCUCUGUCGAACGGGCAAGCCUGGGCUUCACACAUGCUGAUUUGCCUUCCGUUCCCGCCGCUUGGAGCCAACACUUGGCCCGAACUGGUAGAUCUCGGUCCAGAAUAAGACGAGGACAAGUCCUGACUGGCGAGGCGGGACCGCCGCAUCGACCCGAAUAGUAUCCUUGCGGACCCUGCCUACUCAGCUGGUGUCAAUGACGACGGUCUUUCUCUAGAAAACAACUCGGAUACAGGGAAACCCGAUUCCUACCUAGGACAACCAGCCGACGGAAACCACGACGAUUGUUAAUAUCCGUUGCCCCGUUGCAAAGUUGCAACAAUUGCUGGCCUGUCUCGGACGGCAGAAACCCGAACCAGCGCGUGCGCGAGUCCGACGCCGUCGCCUGCGGCCUGAAGGCGUCUUUGAUUGCUCUGAGGAUGGGAUUUGCCAUCACGCUCAGCGUGUCUAGCCUCGACAUUGUCAUGAUUGGUGGGACUAUGUGUCCUCACUGCUAGCUGGCGAACCAAAAGACCAGAUGGUAAAGGCCUCUGCACUGGUGCCAUCUGCACAGUAUAUGCAAGAUGCAUUACAAUUUUAGAACCGAAGAGGCACCGCUGGACAGCCAGGACGGACGGAUGUUGGAGCCGCAGCCCUGCCAAGUUGGCGCCAAGUUGUGCCAGCAAUGCAAAGAAGACGAGGUGCAUCUCAACUUUUGUACGGGGCUGGGGUUGUUAUUGGUUCGAACAAUCAUCGCACCGCUCCAGUCUGGUGACUUGUCCUUCUUCGGGGACUGGGUUAUACGAGCACGGAGAUCGAGACCUCGGUGGCUUCUGCAGCUUCUACUCGACCAUUUCGAUUUCAGAGUCCUGUCCAAUCCAGGAUGACAUCAGUGUUCCAACACUUUUGGUCCAGACGGGGACGAAAAACAUAAGAGAAUGGAGCCUUUUCUUGUUUUGUUUCGUGGGCCAAGCAUCAAAGGUCCCGCGACUGCCUGGGGAUGACAACGGAAGUCGAAAAGAAGGUUGUCGAUCAACACGAGCAUGGCGCUGGUGGGGAGACGAGACCGAGAGAAAGCCAUUGUCGCACUCGAGGUAGAACGCAAGUCAAGCCGCCAAACGGGUACCAGUUUCAAGACGGAAUUCUAAAAUCGGAACUGGACGGUGUUUUGUCGGAGGCCAGCAACUUUAAUGUGGUAUUUGACAUCUGGAAAACGAACUCCACGACCUCUUGCUGGACUCGGCGGAAACACAAACACUGCUCGAUUCGGGUCAUCAGCUUCGUCUCCCUUGAUUGACAGGGGGGUGGAGGGUUUCCAAGAAACCAAUACGACAGAUGGCAAGACAACGGAUCCCAGCCUCCAAAAUCAACUUCGAUGAUUUGGACCCCGAAACAGGUACAGUCUCGUCCCCCGAAACUCGGUGCAGGACAGGAAAAUUUUCAGUCAAAGUACCUCGUGCAUCAUGAACAGACGAGGGGACGAAGGGACGAGGGGACAUGACACCCCAGCACCGCACGUACCUCCUCCGCACACCAACCGCAACCCCGCCUUUCCCGCCUGGCCUGUCCUAGAGCGCUCGGAUAAUUGAAUGGAUGAACUGACAAGGAUCUGCAGCCUAGGGCUCGAGGCAACCUCUUCGUCAUGCCCCCCUGGUCUGCUCCUAGUCACAUCCUAGCUCCUUACUUCUGAUCAUCCACUAGCCCCCCUUGUCUUUCUCACAAAGCACAUCAUCAAUCAAUCAUCAGGGCGCUUGCAAUGAAUCCUCGGUCUAGAUGGCUGGAGACUCUGCAAUAUUGCUCAGCUUCUGCAUAACUGCAAGGGCUAAUUAUGCCUGGUCUCACUCAGCCCAUCCUAUAUUGACAUAUGAUGCUUUCGUUCCUUUUCACCGUUUGUUAGCCUGCCAACGCACAUCUUGACCACGAUCUGCUGUUGGACGGACUCGUACACGAACAAUAUCAGUCGAUCCCCGUCUCAAGCUAGACAAAGAGGGGCCGUGAUGGGGAAGAGAAUCCUCUAUGGCUUAUCUCCAUCUCUCCCCAAUCCGCCCGCGCUCUCAGAGGUUUUCGUGUCUGACCCGGCCAUAUCAGUGCUGUAAAGCAACUCGUAUAGUGUUAUUCGAGCCCCUGGUUCGUCGGUUCCUUGUCAUGUAGUCAUGCCAGGGUUCCAAUGUCGGCUCCGAAGGCAUGGAUCCAGAGAAAUGGACGACACGUUGCCAUGCUGGACACUGGAGUCUUAGUCCACGAUCCAACGGGGCGCUGGCUCGUAUCGAAUGGCUUGGAGGCGUAAGCCUACCUUUGCAAGUGCCGUUUUUCCCGUCCGACGCCGUCCACCUUUGGAUCAAAGGUUGGCUGUUAUAUGCACUAAGUCUGCCAUUGAACCCAGCUGCCAAGUCACGCAACUCUCCAGCCAGCCAGCUCUGUCUCUCGUUUUCAUUUCUCGUUCCUUCUGAAGUGACUGGACUCAUAUCAGGCGCUCUUGGCAGGACUGGAAUAGCAAUUCCUGUUGCCGUAGCGUGUGGCCGAAAAGACCAGCCUCUAUACUCGAAUAUCUCUUGUAAAUACCGCUUCUCGCCGGGUUUGGCCAGAAAUCAGAACCUAUCCCUCACCUCGCCCGCAGCGUCGAUCCACCAGAAUCACAUACUCCUCGAUAUCCCGGUUUGACUCGCAUUCUCUAGCCAUGCAUGCAUUAUUGCCAAUCUUCCUCUCGGGGGCUGCCAUCGCCGCCACUAUUCACGCUCCUCUGGCGAAGCGAGCCGAAUGCGGGCCCGGAGUCGGCUCCUGCGCGCCGGGACAGUGUUGCUCAGAAGCCGGAUGGUGUGGGACGACGGCAGAUUUCUGCGGCGGUUCCCAGUGCCAGCUCGCAUACAGCGACUCUUGCGAUACCUUCUUUCCGCCACCGGGGGCUAGCACGGAGAGUAUCGCCCGUCCCCUUGUGGGUUCUGUGCCUUAUGGCUCGAUCAUCACCACCUGUGCCGUCCCAGGAACCUUGGCAUUGACCUAUGACGAUGGUCCGUACAUCUACACGUCGCAGUUGCUUGAUAUCCUUGAGGCCCAGAACGUCACGGCCACCUUCUUCGUGGCCGGUAACAACAAGGGUAAGAAGGGGAUGGACAACGCGAAUACGGCAUGGCCGGCCAUCAUGCGUCGGAUGCAUGCUGCUGGCCACCAGAUCGCCAGCCAUACCUGGACCCACCGAAACUUGAAUCUGGUUAACAGCACCAUCCAAAGGACCGAGAUUAUCUACAACGAGAUGUCGUUCCGGAACCUCUUUGGCUGGAUUCCCACCUACAUGCGUCCGCCCUACCUCGAAUGCAACGCCGCCUCUGGCUGCCAGAACAUGCUCAGGACACUCGGUUAUCACAUCAUCAACGUCAAUAUCGACACCAAGGACUACAUGUAUGAUACUCCCGAGACGAUCCAGACCGCCAAAGACCGCUUCUCGGGUGGAAUCUCGACAAACGCGGCCGCUAAUAGCUACAUUGAACUGUCCCAUGAUGUCCACUACCAGACCGUUGUCAACCUGACCCAGUUCAUGAUCGACACGGCAAAGGCACGCGGAUACCGCCUUGUGUCUGUCGGCGAGUGUCUCAAUGAUCCCAAGGAGAACUGGUACCGACCGGCCGGUGGUGCCAUUAGCGCCAGCGUCGCAUCUAGUACUACGAGGACGACGGGGACGACCUCCGUGCCGUCGUCCAGUGCACCAAUCGCCUCGUCGACCCAAACCCGGGUCCAGUCAAGCACAGCUCCCACCAGCAGCGCGACUCGGGUAUCUUCUACCUCGUCCAAUGCCCCUGCGUCCACGGCAAAGGUAUCACCGGACCAGACCUGCGGUGGAACCAAUGGUUACACAUGCCUGAACUCGAAGUUUGGCAACUGCUGCUCACCCUAUGGAUUCUGCGGCUCAAGCCUCACGUACUGCGGAACAGCAUGCCAAUCGGGCUUCGGGUCCUGCGCGCCGCAGGUUUCGGGCGUGAGUGACACCACCAACGGGCUUUGCGGUAGCCAAUAUAAGGCAACCUGCAAGAAUUACGGCCAGAAGACGUGCUGCUCUCAAUACGGCUACUGCGGAAGCUCUACAACGCACUGCGGAGUAGGAUGCCAGUCGCUUUUCGGGACCUGCAAUUGAUCGGGAUCUGUUUGUUGCGCAACAUAUAUUGAUUGCCUGCAUCUUCAUCGAAACCGGCCGCCGCCACGCUCACACGACAUGGGCGAUCAUCGGGGGAUCUCCUUCUCCUGGCCGUCGGCGGAAGGUGCGAUCUUGCGAGGAUCCCCUUGCUUUGCAAUAUAUCGCGCAGCACUUGACAACGAACAUGAGGGGGAAGAUUCGCACACCUAGGCUGGAUUAUGUUUGUUUUUUUCGGGCAGUCGGGCAAUGGAACCGGUAGAAACUACCCUUCUCCAGUCCCAUCGCGGAGGCGACUGGCUUUUCAACAAUGCCAAGGCUGUUGGCGAGGAUGCAUUGCGACCUAGCUACCAGUUACUACCACCUUACUCCUACGAUCUCUACGGCCGAGAAAAGCUGGACUGAAAAUGAGGGGAAAGACGCGAGCUAGGUGCAUCGUGGCAAAAGCGCAGGGAGGAAACACAGUUGGAUAUUGCAGGAUGCCGGUCGGACCGAGGACAAACCCAAGGCGGGAGGGAGAGGCAAAUAGGAUAAUGAUAACACCUAAUCGAGUAAGAGCGUAUGUAACAUGUCU